CUCCAGGGAAACGAGGUAAGAGGGGCCGAAGAGGAGAAUCUGGUCCUCCUGGUCAGCCUGGUCCUCAGGGUCCUCCUGGUCCAAAAGGUGAUAAGGGAGAACAGGGUGAUCAGGGACCUCGGAUGGUGUUUCCUAAAAUCAAUCAUGGGUUUCUCUCUGCUGAUCAGCAGCUCAUUAAACGCCGCUUGAUUAAGGGUGACCAAGGUCAGGCUGGGCCGCCAGGCCCUCCAGGCCCACCGGGCCCAAGAGGGCCACCUGGGGACACAGGGAAGGAUGGCCCCCGCGGAAUGCCAGGCGUGCCCGGUGAACCGGGGAAACCAGGAGAACAAGGCUUGAUGGGUCCUCUGGGACCUCCAGGACAAAAGGGUUCUGUUGGAGUACCUGGAAUUCCAGGGAUGAAUGGACAAAAGGGUGAACCCGGGUUGCCUGGAGCAGUAGGACAGAAUGGAAUACCAGGGCUAAAGGGAGAACCUGGAGAACAAGGAGUAAAGGGAGAUGCUGGAGAGAAUGGCCCCAAAGGUGACACAGGCGAAAAGGGUGACCCCGGAUCGUCUGCUGCAGGAAUUAAGGGAGAACCCGGAGAAUCUGGUCGUCCAGGGCAAAAGGGUGAACCAGGGCUUCCUGGGCUUCCUGGACUUCCGGGGAUAAAGGGAGAACCAGGUUUCAUUGGUCCUCAAGGAGAACCAGGCUUACCAGGGUUACCAGGAACGAAGGGCGAACGUGGGGAGGCAGGGCCUCCUGGACGAGGGGAACGAGGGGAGCCCGGAGCCCCGGGACAAAAGGGGAAGCAAGGUGAAUCAGGAACUAGAGGCCCAAAAGGGUCAAAGGGCGAUCGUGGAGACAAGGGGGACUCUGGAACCCUGGGACCAAGGGGUCCACCUGGUCAAAAGGGAGAUCCAGGAGCCACCGAGAUCAUAGACUACAAUGGCAACCUCCACGAAGCCUUGCAGGCAAGUGACUGCCCCCAUCCUGACACAGACAGGGACACCGCUGAGACCUGGAGUGUGUGCAAAUAUCACCUUCCACCCGCCUCAGCUCUCAGAGGGCUCUACCUCUCAAAGCACACCUUCUCCCUCAUCUCUUAA